AUGCAAGCUCUGUGGUCGCAAGUAGCUGUGUAUUUACACGGUCAACUGGUGAGUUCGGCGAACAAUCAUUAUCCCUACAAAGUAUACAUUCAAACCUUACUGAAUUAUGGAGCAGAAACUAAACAGUCGCAACUCCAGUCUCAACUGUUUUACAAGGACGUCGGAGAGACACAAGCAGAUAUCGAAAGCACCGAUCCUAUCACUGGUACUAAUUCUGGAGUAUCGGAUCGAGGAGCACACAUCGCUGUCAGCAAAAUUAUUACCAUGGAAGGUCCCCUGUGUGAAGAUAUUUUUAAUAUAGGAAGAUAUCUGGUGAAUGGGGUGGAUAUGACACUUAAGUUAUUUCGGAGCUCCAUCCCAUUUUGUUUGAUGGCUGGCAAGUCGGGUCAGGAGUACAAGAUCGAGCUUCUAGAUAUUUACUAUAAGAUAUGUAAAUUGAAAAUGAACAGUGCACUUAUUUUAACGCACAACAAGCUGUUUGAAAAGUCUAACGCCUUGUAUCCGUUCACUAAAACCGAAGUUAAAAUGAGCAGCAUCCCUUCGUCUCAGCAGAGCUACGUGUGUGACAGCGUGUUUCAGUCGCAGUGUCCCGGCAAACUGGUUGUCGGGUUUGUCAACAGUGACGGCGUAAGCGGGUCGUAUACAAAGAACCCGUUUAAUUUUCAGAGUUCGUUUGUAAAAACGCUGGCGUUGUAUCUGGACGGCGUCAGUGUUCCCGGUCGACCAGUCGAAGCAGACGACGUGAGUGCCUACGUGAAUUUGUUCGAGGGAGUCAGCAGAUGGGGUCAAGACACUGGAAACUACAUCCAAAGAACUGAAUUUGAGCUUGGAAAUGGUCUGUUUGUGUUUCAGUCUCGAACCCGUUUUCGUGGACUCUGA